AGCAAAAGGCAUCAGGCUUAAUGAAGAAUUCUUGAAGGUUGCCCGUGUAAGUAAUUGAUUUGCAUUACGUAUUUGAAAUUGUAAUGAGACAGCGAUGGAGUGAAAAGGUUGUCAUUGGGUUGUCAUUUAUCACAAGUAGAAAGCAGUGACUCUGGGUGGAAUUUGUGAAGUACAUGUAUACCAGCCCUAUUUUUUGCUGAUAUAGAGAGAUUUUACAACUUGGAGUGAAACUUGUGGGGAGUCCACAGCAAGGAGAUGUAGGAUUAUGACUGUGGCUACGACAUGAGUACUUGUAAAACCCUUUGCAAGAGAAAAAUAUUGAAAAUUGGCAUGUUUCAAAAAGGGAACAGUGCUAACUCUGUGUUUUCAACCAAAAAAAGUUUGGCACUUGGCUGGCAAUGUGCUGAUUAGCAACUUGUGCCACAGAAUCUAAAAUUAACAGGGAACUCUUGGAACUAAAAACUUCUUCAAACCAGGGUUAUGUUGCAUGAGGUGGGCAGCUUUAACCAACAUUUUUGAAGCUCUGGGAAUCCUGAGAGGGUUGGUUGAAUCUCUGUGUGGGUGUUCUCAUGUACACUAGUAUUAUUUUGAAUUUAUCAGCUUAGUUAGAGUGUGUAGUGCCCUUUCAUGAUACUUGUUUUUCUUUACUACAGGACAGUAAUUGAAAAGGUUUUCAAAACCUUUCUGCAUCAGCCAAACAAGACAAUGGUAUAAAAGAAGUUGGAAAAGGAAUUGUAAGUGUUAUAGAAAAUGUGGGGUUUCUAGCAUUUGGAAAGAGACAAAUUAAAUCUGUUGACUUACGUGAGUGUUGCUGUGCUCAGAUAUUAUCAUUUUAAUAUCUAAGCACGUAUUCAAAAUCAUGAGGGCUCGAGGAGCAGUUAAAAUUGCAUGUGUUUCCCAACAUUGCACAGUUAGGGCAGUGGAAAACUCCGUCAGCGCUUUUAAUGUGUUCUCUCUUUUUUUCAGGAGCCAGGGAGAUGAAGGACUUAUCUCCCUCAUCUCAAAAAUCCCUUUGCUGCUAUUACUUUUUUUUAUUUUUUUGCCUUCAAAUGUUCAUAUACCCAUGUUAAUUAAUUUCUAAUAUAAUUAAAAAUAAAUGGUUUUAGAUAAUUCCUCAUAGUUUGUUUGGUUUUUCCCCUCGGUGUGGAAGUGUGAGAGUAAGUGUUAAGACCAGAGAAGGCUGCAAGUGUCUUAAGUCCUCCACUUUCUUUUUGGUUUCUUUCAGUUGAUUGUCUUUCUUUUGUGACUAGGCCAAAUUUUCAAAUGCUGUCUCUUAAACAGAACACCAAAUUGCCACUUAAAUUCCACCUGGCUUGCAGGAUAGGAGUGGGUAUUGACUAUAUUCUCUGCUUUGUUUUUGUUCUUGAACAGAAACCACUGUUAGACAAUGACCAUUCCUCUUUCAAGGGAAGGCGAUGGAACAAAACACGUGCAUGUGCAGUACCUGACAUUAAGGGCCAUGUGCCCAAAGCUGUUGACAUCAAGGAAGAAUGAAUGUCCUGUGUUCCCAUCACUUUUCAAAAGGAAAAAAAUGCAUGUGCCAAAUAUUUUCCUGUGAUUGACUGCAGUUGCUAGACCAGGUAUUUACAAGGCACCUAUCACCUUGGUACCUAAGCACUUUGAAAAAUGCACCCACCCCAGGAGGCAUGAUGCAAAUACAGACAGAGGCCCAGGUCCAGAGCAGCAGAGGCAGGUCCCAGGAAGCUCCCCAACUAUGUUCCUGCUGUUGUUGAGCUCCUGGCCCACUUGGUGUGGCCAAGGCACAUCUCCACCCACCUGUCAGCAGGAAGACGGUGCCCCACCCCUCACGUGCAGCUCCGCUGGUGGGCAAUCUGGAAAGGAGAGAUAAUGGAAAAGGCAACGAUCCAGUAGCAGAGGUGAAACAGGAAUGGUGGGAUUUCAAAAGGAGGGCUUCUUAAAGAGCAGCACAUCUCAGGGGAGGGAUCAGCUGCCAGUCCAAAUGGCAGAUGUCACUGGGGAGCAAGAUGGGGAGGUUCCUGGAUCCUCGGGGCAAGCCGGUCAUCACCGAGGGAGCUCGCUGUCCACGCCGGCUGAAGAACAGGAAUCCUCGGUGCCUGCCUCUGACGAAGACUCGCCAGCCAGGACCACAGAGAGCUGGCAGUGGCCACUGUCCUCGUCUGAAACGCACAGCAACGUUGGGGAGGAUUUUGAGGGAUUUCAAACGCCAGCGCGGACUCCGGAGUGUACCAUGGACGUACAGUCUCCCGGGGAUCAGUCACUCAGUAGGACUCCUCAGUUUGAAAGUGACUCUCCUGAGGAGGAGGGAAAUGAUGAAAUGAAUGAAGAGCGCUGCGGUGUUGAGCCUGUCCCUAGGGAUCGGGGUUGGAGAGGGCAGCCCCAGCUAACAGAGGGAGAGAAGCUGUUGAUGGAAACCAACAGUAGGAUUGUGCAGCUGCUGGAAAAUAUCAAGAGGGAGCAUGCACAGUCCAUGGGCCUCAUGUCCCAGUCCAUGGGCCGUAUGGAGCUGCAGCUGGGCAUUGUGGCUACCUCCACAAGAGCCAUCCAUAACUACCUGUCAGAGAUUUUAGCUUUUCUCAAGCAGCCGAGGACUCAGGUCCUUGAAACACGCAUCUCCCAAAGAGCCACCCCCCAUGUCGAGUUGACCUGUGCCUCGACAUGGACUGGGGAGGACGCAGUGGCAUCCUCCACUGUGUGCUUACCUGGGGCCGAGGGGACAGGCGACUCUCGAGACCCACCACAGGCCACCCUGCCUUGUCGCAGUGGCCGGCUGCAGAGAGCCAUAACCGAGAGGGCCUCGCUGCCCAUGCCUCCACGCCAGGCAAAAGGGGGAGGGAAGAAAAAAUAACCACUUCAUAGGGUUUUUAGAGGUUUUUUUUAAUGUGCCUGUCCUUUUAAUUCUUAGCCAUAAGGCCAUCGGUGGCAGAGUUUCAACCAUUUUCUACAUUGGCUAACAUUGUAUUCUGGCUGACUAGAUUAGUCUAACAUUUUGUAGUUUAUAUUUGCACUGUUAACUAUGUGUGCUGCUGGUAUUUGAAGAACAUUUGCCUCUGUUCUUUCACUUUAACUUCAUACAAGCAUUUUUUUACUCUGUGCCAGGCAUUCAUUGCUUUUCUUACAAAUACAAGUCAUUUCUUGA